AUGCCGCUGGAGGUCAAGUGGCCAUUCCCAAAAUGCCCAACGUUGGCAUGGAGGCUGUCCGGCUCGCUCGUUAUGGGCAUGGUGGGCUCCUACUCCUACCUAUGGACCAAGCACAUGAACUCCCUGACGGUGCAUAACCGUGACGUACUGUUGGAGCUCAUUGACCAGCGGCCUGCUGACACGCCCCUCAUUACAUUGUCUAAUCACCAGUCUUGUAUGGACGACCCACACAUCUGGGGUGUCCUGAAGUUUAGACACUUGUGGAACUUCAACAAGAUGCGAUGGACUCCAGCAGCAUCUGACAUCUGUUUCACGAGAGAGUUGCACUCUCGUUUCUUCAGCCGAGGGAAAUGUGUGCCGGUCUGUAGAGGUGAUGGGGUGUACCAGAAAGGCAUGGAUUUUAUUCUGGAAAAGUUGAACAGAGGGGAAUGGGUACACAUCUUUCCUGAAGGUAAAAUAAACACGAGUGAAGAAUUUAUCAGAUUAAAAUGGGGUGUGGGACGCCUAAUUGCAGAGUGCACUCUAAAUCCUAUCAUCCUUCCUCUGUGGCAUGUGGGUUUGAGUGACGUCCUCCCCAAUGUGAGCCCCUACAUUCCUCGGAUUGGCAAGAGAAUCACCAUCCUCGUGGGGAAACCCUUCAGCGUCAAAGACCUUGUGGAAAAUCUCCGAGCAGACAAAAAGAGCCAGUUGCAGAUGAGGAAGACGCUGACGGACGUCAUCCAGGUGGACUUCCAGAGACUUAAAUUUCAAGCUGAGGUGCUCCACAAAUCUUGA